AUGGGUUUCCAGAAAUAUGGCACAUGGAGGCACCAAAUGCUUGCUGUGGCAAACAAAGGGUACAGGGCAAUAGCCAUUGAUUUCAGGGGCUAUGGACUUUCGGAGCAGCCAGUUGAACCCGAAAAGGGAACCUUCAAAGACCUCGCUGAUGAUGUUGUUGCCCUUUUGGAUUCUCUGGGGAUUAACAAGACCUUUCUUGUUGGGAAGGAUUUUGGAGCUCUGCCUGCAUACCUAGUACCUGCUCUCCACCCAGAGCGGGUAUCGGGCAUCAUAACACUAGGUAUUCCUUUCAUUCAACCAGGUCUCUCUGGUGUCCAAAAUCAUCUAUUCCCCAAUGGCUUCUACAUAACACGGUGGCAGGAACCAGGGAGAGCAGAAGCAAAUUUUGGUCGCUUUGAUGUUAAUACUGUGAUAAGGAACAUCUACAUUCUCUUCUCCAGAAGUGAGGUCCCAGUAGCUGCUGCUGAUCAAGAAAUCAUGGACUUGUUUGACCCUGCAACUCCUCUACCACCAUGGUUCUCUGAGGAAGAUCUUGCAGUCUACUCAUCUUUAUAUGAGAAAUCUGGAUUCCAUUUUCCAGUGCAAGUUCCAUACAGAACUUCAGCACUGGAUUACGGUUCAACUGAUCCAAAAAUCUCAUCUCCGACACUGCUUAUCAUGGGUGAGAAGGACUACUUAAAAUUUCCGGGGAUGGAGGACUACAUACGGAAUGGAACAGCAAUGAAGCAUUUUGUGCCCGAUUUGGACAUUACAUUCAUCGCUGAAGGAAACCACUUUGUGCACGAGCAAUUGCCAGAUCAAGUCAAUCAGCUAAUUCUCAGUUUCCUUGACAAACAUGGUAUCUAA